CUGAAACACAACUACACCUCACUAAGCAAUCUCUCUCUCUCUCUCUCUCUCGCUCUGUCUCUCUACAUCAUGCAAAGACAGUCUCUGGGCUCCCCCGUGUCGAAGCUCCACGGCCAUGGCGGUGGAGCGAAGGACGACACUCUCAUAGUCGAAGAGCCGAAGCACAGAGACGACGACAGCUAUUGCGACGACGACGUGGAACACAAGGCGACAAAGCCUCACCGUCUCUCUGUGUCGCCGCCUCCGAGGCCCGAGAAGUUCGUCCACGUCAUCCCCGUCCUCACCCUCUUCUGCUUCCUCGUCCUCUACCUCUGCUCCCACACUCCCUCCCAGUCAGAUUUGGCUCAGUUCAAUGGAUUUAACCGACCAGCGAAGCUCAUAGGCUCGGCCGAGCUUAACGAUGUCGGGCGAUUUAAUGAGAUCCAAAAGGGCGAUGUUUUGGCGAUCCGAAGCCUCCGCAACUUGCAGGAGCUUGAAAAACGCUCCCCGAAAUCCCGCUCCCACCGAAAACUCGCUGAUUUCUAGGCCGCAUUUUGUUCCUGUUUCGCACGUGCGACUCUCUGGGUAGAACUCACGCGCGCUCCAUGUUCUUUCAUUUUUUUUUUCUCUUAUUUUUUUUUCCCCUUCUUCGCGCGUGUAUAUUCAUUCACUGCAUGAUUAGGUUUGUGAACAAAUUGGCUGAGCGCGUGUGGCGCGUUGUUUCGGAUUUGUAGACGAACAUAGAAAUCAGAUCACAAAUAAUAGAAAUUCCAAAGUCUUUAUUCGGAA